AUUCCAAACAUUUUAAAAAUAUAAUCCGAUUGGUUCGUUUUUUUCUGACAAAAAAAAGAAAAUAGAGCAUUUUUUUGUGACAAACGUGUAAUAAAAAUUAUUAUUACAAAUUCAAUCGAUCAAUUAUUUGCCACACUUUUUAUGAAACUGUCCAUAACAUAGACCUUGUUUUGAGACUGUGUUCAACAACGAUUAUUUGCUAGUUGUCCGAAAUAUUAGCGUUGGUGGACUCGAUUGCCCUCCCUCUCCACAGGUUUUUGCUGGGGUUUUGGUCAGAGAGCUGGGAUGGCCAUGAGCUUGAGAUAUUAAAGGAAGGAGUUUCUUCUCUGGCUUCAGUCGCUUGAUUCUGUGGUCAGUUAACCGUUUUGAGGGUCUGGGGAACGCGUUGGACCAUUGUCCUGCUAAAAUAACCAACCACGACCAAGUUUUAGCCUGGCUGUGACUGCUUGUUUUCGCUAGCUAAUAAACUUACGCCUUCUGUGCCCUUAGUUCAUUUUUGGUACUAUCUACUUAAUUUGUUUGUAAGAUGUAGCUAUGUAUUUUUAAUACGAGUCAAAAUGUGUAACGUAAAUAUACAGUCGUAGAUGCAAAUAAAAUCCCAUGCAUUGUAGAAUGCAUUUCAGCGUGUAUUCAUUAUGUUCACGUUUUCUUGGUUGACAAUUAAACGUACAUCUUUUGCAAAGACAUAUCCAACAAGAUGUUAGCAUAAACAGCCUACAUGUUUAACAUAUCGCUAACUGAAAGCAGGAGUUUAGCUCUGAAUUAUCUGCCACUGAUUUCACUGCGCAUCUAUUUUGCACCUUUGGUCGUUUAGCUAUAGCUAGAGCAAGCAGCUCGUUUAAAAAUGAAUAAUUUCCUUGGGGACCUGGCUAGCAAGACAACUUUUCACACCCAACACCCACCACUGCUCUCUGUGGAAAUGGGCGAUAUCAUCUGAGUCAGAUAGCUGAGGUACGGCUAGCUAGCUGGCUACUUGAAUGUUCGAAAACAGAGUGGGCUAUGUGGGUAGAACUACAGAUGUGCAAUUCCAAAUUAUUUCUGUUUUGCUGGGGUUAAAACUAUCAUCUUUUUGCCCGGGUUCAUCGGCGUGUUAAGCAUAUCGGGAUAUUAGAAAUUCUGAUUUUAUAUUCGCAUUCCGUGAGGAUUUCCAUAAAAAGCCGAACAUGGAUCAGGACUGCAGCAGUGCCUCUGGCGCCCCCGGUGGCUCGGUGGUGCAAGUGUGCUUCCCCAGUGUGCGAGCGGCGGUGCUGGACAGUCUGAACCGGCAGAGGGAGGAGGGCAGACUGUGUGACCUCUCCAUCCAGGUGCAGGGCCAGGUGUUCAGGGCCCACCGCUGCGUUCUGGCCGCCUCCUCGCCCUACUUCCACGACCAGGUGCUGCUGAAGAACGUCACCACCGUCUCACUCCCGGCGGUGAUGGACCCGCUGGCGUUCGAGAGCGUCCUGGGCUCCGCCUACACGGGCCAGCUCAGCAUCGUGCGCGACGACAUCGUCAACUACGUGACGGUGGCCAGUUUCCUGCAGAUGUGGCACAUCGUGGACAAGUGCACCGAGAUCCUGAAGAGGCCCAGGGCUGCCGGGGCUGCCGGGGGUGCCGGGGGCGGUAACCCCCAAAACGCCCCCUCCAGGCAGCAGUCCCCCAGCAGCACCGACUGCCUGUAUCUGGAGAGGGAGCGGGGCGACAAGCUCCGGGGGGCGGAGCUUAAGGAGAGGGACCGGGGGCAGGACCAGUGUCACUCGCUGCCUCCGCUGGCGUCGUGGAGGCGGCCCCAGCAGCUCUCCCGGUGGGGGAGGCCCCGCCCGCAAGCCCAGGCCGACCUCCCCCCUCCGCCGGCCGGCGUCCCGCAGCCCCCUGCCGACUCGCAGCUGGACCCCAACGCGGGGGCCGAGAGCGACUACUCCAGCUGCGAGGAGGUGUGGCUGCCGGGCAGCAGCAAGGCCAGCCCCCACGCGCACGACGCCGCGGGCCACGCCCACAGCAGGGCGGGGCUGGAGCACGGCGUGGGCGCCGCCCACUGCCCCGGCGGCCCCCCGGCCGAAGCCGGCCGCCUGAGGGCCAGGAUGAGGCCCAAGGGCCCCGCCCCGGAGGACUUCCAGAAGGUUCUGGGGAGGGGGCGGGAGCGGGGGGGCGGGGACGUGGAGGAGGGGGAGGGGCUUGCGGGAAGGCAGGAGGAGCCCAGGAGGAAGAGGGAGAGAGGGACGGAGGCGGACGAAGGGAUGGGAGAGGUGCCGGCGGCGCCAGGAGGCAUGGCCGGGACGGAGAGGGCGGGACAUUCCGGAGAGUACCCCACGAGCGUGUACCAUGGAGAUGAGGGCGAGGCUCUGGACGUCCGGGGCCAUCCCGAGGGGGUGCAGAAGGAGGCGAGGGGUGCCGAAACUCGGCCCCCCCAUGGGCCGGAGAUAGAGGCCGCAGUCCCCGGGCCCUCCUGCCCGGGCCCGGCCCUCUCCGGCCGGAUGCAGUGGCAGGCGAGCCCCUGGCUUCAGCCGGCCGGCAGGGCCGUGGACGGGGAGGAGGAGGACGAGGAGGAGGAAGAGGAGGAGGCGGACUUCGGUCGUUUCGCGGACGGGAGCGGCCCGUCGUUCGGUGGCCAGACGUACGACGAGAUCGAGGACGGCACGGGGCAGGUUUCCCAGAGGCCUCUGGUCCCCACCUCGCCUACCGACGAUGGCGACUACCUCCUGGGGCCUCCGGAGCUCAGCUGGCCGCCGCCCAACAUCGCCCCCCAGGGGCCUGGAGGUGCACUGCCGCCCGGCCGCCACCUGUCCCCGUCCUCGGCCCAGUUCCCCCCUUCCUCCUCUCCCCCGGUCCCGUCCUCCUCGUCCUCCUCCUCCCUCUCACUCGCCGGCGCCCCCUACACGGGCAAGGUGCACUUCUGCCACUGCGGCAAGGCCUACACCCUGAAGAGCAUGCGGGACCGCCACGUCAAGAUGCAGCACCUCAACCUGCGCCCCUUCGCCUGCCCCGUCUGCGCCAAGACCUUCAAGAUGAAGCACCACCUGACCAAGCACCUGAAGACCCACGGCGGCCUGCGGCCCUACGAGUGCGGCCUCUGCGGGAAGAAGGUGAUCUGGCGCGACAGCUUCCUGCGGCACCAGGCGCGCUGCGAGCGGCUGGCCGCCACCGGCAUGGCGCCCGGUUACGACGCUUCGGUCGCCGGGGGCAACGCCCCGCCCGGCAACGAGCUGGACGACGGCUACGGCUACGGCUUCGAGGAGGGGGAGGGGUUCCUGGCCGAGGCGGGGCAGGUGAAGGUGGAGGAGGCGGACUUUCAGGGGGAGGCGGAGCCUGUCGCCAUGGGCGGCUUGCUGGAGGGCGUGUCGGUGGGGGCCGGUCUCGGUUUGGGGCCCGAGUCCCGGACCAUGGGCACUCGGGGCAUGAAGGAGGAGGAAGGGGAGAGGUACAGUUGAGUUUAGAGAGGGGGCGCGAGGGAGAGUGGCAUCCCUGUCUGUGUGGCCAUUGUUCCAGAGUGCGUUUUAUUUACUAAGGUAGGCGCAAGCAGCUGUGGAUGCUCAAGUGGAGUGGAAUCCCUCUCUGUCUAAUGCGCCCUACGAGCCCUGCAAAUGGCAUCCUUUUUUUUUUGUUUACUUUAAGACAAAUGCAGGUGAUCCAGACUCCCAAUAUUGAAUUAUCUUGAGUGUGUACAUAGCCUUGCGUUAAUUUGUGUGUAAUCCAGCAUUUCUUUGGAAGAAUAACAAGAAGUGGAUUCUGGGGCCUGUUGAAUAACGGUACUGAUCCCCCGCUAACCUCAUCCAAUAGAACCUGGAACACUGGAAGACCGCUCCGGAAUCUCUUCACCAACAUUCCGUCAGCUGCAGCUGGGCUGAAACUGGACUGCGCGGUUUUUAAUUGGCCAACGAGACUGCGCUCCACUGACAGACGCGUAUAAGCGCGGUUUUUAAUUGGCCAACGAGACUGCGCUCCACUGACAGACGCGUAUAAGCGCGGUUUUUAAUUGGCCAACGAGACUGCGAUCCACUGACAGACGCGUAUAGGCACUCAGUCCUUGGGCUCAGGUGGGCGUUUGCAGUUUUAGUCUGUAAAAAUAAACGUUUGCACAAGAUGACACGAGAGGCAAGCACCACCACGGUAUCCUGGUACCCGAAGUAAUUAUACGUUUUUACUAAGUUUUUUAAAUGAGGUGGAGUGUCAGUGGCGAGUUUUUGUGGUAGCUAGUUUUCCACGCCACACUUUCACGGUCUGAUUUGUACGUUUUUUUAUCAAGGGAAAAAAAGUAUUGCAUUUUGCAGUUCAGUUCUGAACUAUGAAACAUCUCUGGCUCCAGAAGGCCCUCUAACGCAUGAAACUGCAGAGAGCACACGGAAGCUGUGAAAGGAGUGGCCAUCUUGUGAAUAUUUUAAGGUUGUUUGUAUCCCUCAGCGCUGGCAGUACCUCCUCCCACCCCAAAGCAGUGCCUGGGGGUUCAGUCAUUGGCCGAAGAGUUCAUAUUGUGAAUGAGAACAGUUAAAACAGUUUUAUUCUUUUUUUUUUCCGUUUCACUGCCAUGCUGUUCUUUUAAUAAUGGUGGUGGACUGUGGUGUUCGUGCGGGAGUGUGAUCUUACAUUUGACUCCACUCCUCCUAACUGUUGACUAAAUGCAGGUGGUGGUAAUGAUUCCGUCCAACAAUUUGUGAGAUUAAACCAUCAUCUCAGUAAAUGGUGAGAUAAAAUAUACUGAAGAGCCGCUCGGCUCUGGCUACCACAGCCAAGAUGGUGGGCGGUGGGUGAUUCUGGGGAUCCCCCCCCCCCUCCUCCAGGCCCCACUUCUUCAUACAGAUGACGCCCUUGCCAAUAUCAUGUCUAGUACCGGCCCUUGUAUCUUGUAUGUACUAUAUAUGGUGCCCUGGAUUGCAUAGUACCAUGGGGCUUUUUCAGUCUUGACUCCAGUCCCUUUGAACAGAAUUAUACAUGCUAAUUACCAAAGACAAACAACUAAAAAGUAAAAACAGUAAAAGGAAAAAAAAAAAAUGAAAGUAUUUUCUUUGGGUUAGAUAAUGCUGUAUAUAUAUUUUGUACUAUCUAGUUACCUGCUGUACGAGUGCGGUUCACUGAGGCAAUUCUAUUUAUUGACAAAUCGCUCACUUUCAUGUGCUCCUAUCGUAGGUUAAUUUGCAUUAUUUUCUUCUUUUUUUUUAAUCGUUCGGUGGAACCAUUAGCAAUCAGGCGCCGUCAGAGGGCUUCUCCGGAGAAAUUACGAAACGAGCCGUUGAAGGAACAGUUUACCUCGCGCGCCUAUGGCGGCCAAUUAUCAGUUUGGCGAUAAAACGCAAACGGCCCAUUUCGGCGAUUUGGAUGAAAUCGCUCUCCGAUUCCGGAACAACCUCAAACUGCUCAGGGCACUCCGGAGUGUCACUCUGCAGUCGUUAAAAGCCUUAUUAUUAUAAAGCGGGCGUCUCAAACUCCUGGAGGGCCACAGCGUCCGCUGGUUUGGAUUUGGGACUUGGUGUGCAGACUCAGAUCGAUGGCUUAAAUUAAGCACUUGAAUCCAGGAAGACGUGAAAACCAGCAGGCACAGCGGCCCUCCAAGACUGAGUUUGAGAUCCGUGUUCUAAACCGAAUGUGAUGAAGUGGCUGUUCUUAUUCUAUUUAUUCUUUUGAGAGAUGUUUUUGAAUAUGGAUAAUGUACAUACUUGAAGGGAAAUUUGUGAUAUUCGUCUGUUGUAAUUAUUAUCAUUAUUUGGUGCUUCUCAUAUGAGAAGUCGGUGAAACUAGGAACUCAACACUUUUGCCUAUAGGAGGUGGAGACUUAUCUUUCACCCAAAAGAGUGACACAUGUCACAAGUGAACUUGUGAAUAUCAGAUUAUGGUGUGAAACUGUAUCGCUUGAUUGAUCUGGCUUGGCUGUUCUGACCACAUACAUCUUAUAUUCAUUUUUCUAAUUGCUAAAAUGUAAUUGUACAUACGACUUUAUGUUUUGUAAUAAAGAGCUCUCAUAACUAGGCCUGGGUCAAAUAUGUAUUUGAAAUACUUUCUCUUUUAGUGUUGUAAUUGCAUUUGGCGAUCCCUGAAAAGUUUCCAAAAAACACGUUCCAAACCAAAGAUCUGGAAUAAUAGAAUUGAACAUUGAUUAAAAUGGGUGGUGAUAUUGAAAUUGCAAUAUGCAAUUUUACUACAAUACAACUGCUGUCAUUCGUAAGAUUGUUAAAUGAUUGGAAUGAUUAAAUGAUUGAGAGCUGAAUAGUUGGUCUGGCCAUCCUUGCUCGUCCCUUCGUUUGAAGUAAAGUAUUUAAAAUAAAUAAAAGCGAUAGUGGGACCAUGUGUACGUUCAGUCCUCCCUCCUAGACUGAGUUGUCGGAAGAUCUGCCUUGUUAUGGUUUCUGACCGUUCCCUCCGCUCGUAUGAAGCGCACAGCUGUGUUCAGUGCCUGCUGCACCUUUUUGGAUGAAGCGGUGUGAAGACUGGACUUAAUCGUGGAUUUGUGUCUUAGUCACGAUCUCACCGUACCGUGGCUCUCAAUGUGACGUGGCGGUUUGUCACAUUACGUUACAUUAAUGGCAUUUUGGCAGACGCUCUUAUCCAGAGCGACGUACAGUUGAUUAGACUACGCAGGAGACAAUCCUGCCCUGGAGCAAUGCAGGGUUAAGGGCCUUGCUCAAGGGCAAUAUACAUAUUUAUUCAUCUCAAUGAAUCGCAAGCCUGUUUCAUCCUGAAGUCAGCGUGUUAUUUAUGAACGUUUUCAAAAAUACACAAAAUAUUCUGAAAAGGCUAAGAACCCCCAGCAGUCUCCCCUGUUUGCGAAUCUGGGUUAAACCCGGGGCGUCUAUAAACAUAUUUGAUCAUUGUAACUGAAUAAUGAAACAUGCACUUAUAACUCUGUAAUGACCUUCUCAGCCACAGCUCUUGCGUUAUGAUCUUUAUGUUGACGUGUUUUUUAAGAAGGGGGAUACACUUGCAUUCACACUUUUAAGGCCGAUUUAAAUGGCAAAGAAAGGACUUUUUUCUUUCUUUCUUAUUUUAAUCGCAUAUGGAAACAAUGAUAGAAGAAAUGAGUGAGGAGUUUUUGGAAAUUUGUCAAAUAUUGUAAUAAUCGGGAAAACUACACCGGAGCACCUAAAGUGGGCCUUGUAGAAUCCGUGUUCGCUGUACUGAAUUGGCUUACUUGGAUAGAAGUUGUGACAUGGAAUUGGAGGGCAGAACACGCUGUUUUACACCUGCUGUCUUGAUUCACGUGGGUCCAUUAUGUACUGUACAGUGUAUAACAGGGAGAGCAGAAUUAAAAUGGCGGAGAGGUCUGUCGUCACCUGCGAUGACUACACUUUCUUAAUGACUGUAUUGGGGCAUUGAGUAAACUCUGUAAAUAAAUAUAAAACAAUUAAA